GUGGAGCAGGAGCAAUUCGUGGAAUCCAGAUUCCAAGGUAAAUCUCAUCUCGGAGAUUCAUAUAUAUCUGCCUACUCCUUGAAUAAGUUGAUUUGAUUUGAUAUUUAAGGUAGGAAUUGAAAAGGUAUUUGAGAAGGAAAAAGCUGAAACUAAAACUGAAAGCUAGCUGGAUACUUGCAGCUCAUUGGAAGGGCUACCCCGCGUCAUCCGAAUCCGAAGGAGCAACGCAAACUACGGAGUUCCUAUUCGCACCUACCCCUACCUCACCCUACCUGGACCUCCUCCCAUCUGGGCACCUUACCUUACUUUACCUUACCUACAUAUUCCAUAAGCAAGCUUUCCUCAACAUCCCUCAACAUCUCUCGAACCUCAAAUCACUUUUUCCAUCACCAAGUCCAACCCAACUCCCUCCAUCCAAACCAAACCACCCCUCACCAAUCCCCCAAAAUGUGGAGAACAUCAGCCUCCCCUCCAACCUCCCCCCUCUGGUCACUCAGCUCCCCCAAGGACGCUCCAACCGGCCGCAACCAGACACCCACCGUCCCUGCAGCACGCCUCAAGAACCAGGGACGGAGAAUCGCGCAGAUUGUGAAGCUUAAGCCGGAAUAUGUGGAGGAAUAUAAGAAGUGUCAUGCGAAGGUGUGGCCGGAGGUGUUGAAGCAGAUUAAGGAUUGUAAUAUUGAGGAUUGUAUGUUUUUCUUUCUUUUACUUCUGUCUUUUUUUGGUUCUUUUUGGUUCUAGGCUGUUUGGAGGGGGGAGGAGGUGGGCAAGUGGAGAAGUGGGUUGGUUAGCUUGAUUUAUUUCGAAACUGGACUGGCUGCCCUUCCUGUUCAUAUUCAUAUUUAUAUCGGUGUAUCGGAAUAAAUGCUAACAUAAGAACAAACCAGAUUCCAUCUUCCACGACCCGGGAACCGGAAUCCUCUUCGCAUCCUUCAAGUACGUAGGCUACGACUACGCCGGCGACAUGGAGAAGAUGAAGGACAACCCCAAGGUGCAAGAGUGGUGGAAGAUGACGGAUUCAUACCAAGAAUCGUUCGUGCCUGGAGCGAAGUCUAGUUAUGAUGGGGAACCAGCUUGGUGGAAAGGCGUUGAGGAGGUGUUCUAUCAUCCUUGAUUGAUGCUGUGUCGAAGACUUGGAUUGUGAAAGGAGUGGGGGAGGGGACUUGUGUAUAUGGAUGGACAGAUGGGAUGGAAUGGGAUGAUUUGCUAGCGCGAUAGAUUGCGUGUGGAUUUAGGGGUGUCGAGAUGGUGUUUUUCUCUUUUCAGCAAGCAAUUCUAAGAUGGAAUGCGUGAGUAAAUGAAUAAAAUACAAUGGCUGCUAAAGAAUAGUCUUCGUAAAGGAAAUUUUGGACAAUUACAUUGUGCA